UCACUUCCCCUGUGUGUUUUUCCUCCGGCUACAGCGGCUCCAGCGCGUACACAGAGAAGCACAAAAACACCACAAACACGCCACAAAAAUACGCCUGUGCUCCACCGGAACUCCCACGGCCUCUGCACCGCACACAAACAUGUCGCAUACAAUCCUGCUUGUCCAGCCAACUAAGAGACCGGAGGGCCGCACGUAUGCUGAUUAUGAGUCUGUCAAUGAAUGCAUGGAAGGUGUUUGCAAAAUGUAUGAGGAGCAUCUGAAGAGGAUGAACCCCAACAGUCCAUCCAUCACUUAUGACAUCAGUCAGCUCUUUGACUUCAUCGAUGACUUGGCAGAUCUGAGCUGCCUUGUGUACAGAGCUGAUACACAAACAUACCAGCCAUACAACAAAGACUGGAUUAAAGAGAAGAUAUAUGUUCUACUGCGUCGCCAAGCUCAGCAGGCAGCCAAGUGAAAGAGAGCAACUGGAGGGACUGUCUCUCAAGGGGAGGUUUACUAAUAUAUUUUAUUUUAUUUGAACGUUUUUGGCAGUAUACUUGCAUAAGUUUGUUACAUAAAGAUUAUUUGAGCCAGAGCAUUUUUGGUAGUUAUUCCCUGGAAUAAAAGUCAAUAUGCUUCUUUCAUUUGAAUUCCAUUUUAUUUUUUUUCCCAAUUCUUUUAAUGUGAAACACUUUCAUUUGUACUGGACAGGAUUAUUGACUGCAGAUGGCUGAUUUUUACACAGGGACACUGGCAACAUGCUCUCCAUCCUUUUUUUGUUAUUGACCCUUCAGUGAUCAUGUUAUGACUGUUUUGUAAAUCAUUUGUUUUGUAACAUGUAAUUCUCCUGUUCAUGUUCUUUUGAAAUAAAGUUUUGUUUUCAGAGAGG